AAUCGAUGGGCAAUUUUUGUCAAAAUUUACCUAUCGGAAUAUCGGCAAUUUAGAAAUAAUGGAAAGGUCGCAAGUCAAUGAAAAUCUUCAAAUUGAAAAAACUACAGAAACUGACGUUAAGAUCGAAAAAAUCAACGAUUCUAUUAAUAUAGAAAAUAAAGAUGAUAUCAACAAUUUGCGAGUCCGUGAAAACACUGGAAAUAUACGGAAGAAACAAUUAAUGUGCGAGUACUGUCAAAAGAAAUUCAAUCACGCGGGAGACCUCAACAAGCACAGAAGAAAGCACACCGGUGAGCAGCCUUACGCAUGUAAUAUGUGUGAACGAAAGUUUGCGACGUCGUCUAAUCUUGUUAGACAUCAACAUCUACAUCUCGGGAUAAAGUUCCACUGUCAGAUUUGUGGACAUAGUUUUACCCGAAAAAUCAAACUUUCCGCCCAUUUGAUAGCAAAACAUUACGAAGCUCUAAAAUUUGACGAAUGAAUA